UCGAGUUUUUGUUUGUUGGUUUGUGUGUUUAUUUCUCGAUGAGCGCUCCGGAGAGUGCGCGCGCGGAGGGGAAGCUGGAGGCGGUGAUUCAGAAGCUGGAGGAGAGCGUGUUAUCUGAGGAGAAGAGAUUGACGGUGCGAGGCCCCUCCCCCGACGCCCCGCCCACCUGCAUUCCAGCCCGAGUGCGAGAAAUCGUCACCAAGAACCUGAGCGACAGCGGGGGCAGUAUGUCCUCGGUUCUGUCUCUGCAGGAGGAGAACCGGGUGCUGCAGAGUGAACUCGGCCGCCUGGAGGACCUGCUGGCCCACAGCCGCGCUGACCGCGAUGAGCUCGCCAUCAAAUACAGCGCCAUCAGCGAGAGGUUGGAGCAGGCUCUGCGUUUGGAGACGGGCGUUGGGGACGGAGACUGUGCGGAGUCGCGGAGUCUCGCCCAGCAGAACGUGGAUCUGCGGCGGCGGCUGGAGGAGGAGCAGGCCGCUUACAAACGCAAACUGACCGCAUACCAGGAGGGCCAGCAGAGACAGGCUCAACUCGUCCAGAAACUACAGGCCAAGGUUCUCCAGUAUAAGAAGAAAUGCAGUGAUUUGGAGCAGACUCUGCUGGAGAAGUCCUCCGAGAUGGACCAGAACAGACUCAGUAAUGAACUGUCCAGUAAUGGUCAGCGGCGCGGGGAGGAUGAGCCCAGCAGUGAACUCGAGACGGCUCUUAUACGUCUGGAGGAGGAGCAGCAGAGAAGCAGCAGUCUGUCAGCGGUCAACGCGAUGCUGCGCGAGCAGCUGGAGCAGGCCGGUCUGGCCAAUGAGGCGCUGAGCCAGGACAUACGCAGACUCACUGCUGAUUGGACCAAAGCGAGAGAGGAGCUGGAGCAGAGGGAGGCUGAUUGGAGGAGAGAGGAGGAGUCCUUCCAUAACUACUUCAGCAGUGAACACAGUCGUCUGCUGGCUCUGUGGCGGCAGGUGGUCGGCUUCCGCAGGAGUGUGUGUGAGCUGAAGAGCGCCACCGAGAGAGACCUGUCCCACAUGCGUAAUGAGCUGGCUCAGGUGUCUCAGAGUGUGCAGCUGCAGUGUGUGGGGGUGUGUGUGGCGGUCCGUAGCCGUGAGGACGGCUCGGCGCUGGUUCUGGAGCGCGAGGCGGCGCAGCGGAGCGCCCUGGAGCAGCAGCUCAGAGACAGAGUGACGGAGAUGAUGAACCUGCAGGCCAAGAGCGACUCUGAGAGAGCUGAGCUCAACAGCAGGCUGGUGGAGGCAGUGCGGGAGGUGGAGAGACUGAAGGCUCGAGAGGAAGAGAGAGAGCAUGAGGUCGCGUCACUCACCAGAAAGCUGGAGGAGCAGAGUGGGGAUGAAGAGGCGGAGCUCCACUCCCUGAGAGUUCACACUGAGACCCUGCUGGACACACUGAGGGACAUUGCGCAGGCCAUGUUAUCGGACUCAGACUCUGGAGUGUUAUCCUCCUCGGCGGAGGGCGAUUCAGAGAGCAGUGCUUUAUCUUUAUUGCCCUUUCUCCGACCCUCCUCCCCUCACCGCCCCCCGUCUCCGCGGAAACCCUCCGUCCUGCUGCUUCCAGAGUCCAGCCUCUCGGCCUUGCGCUCCAUGGUAGCCAGCAGACAGCUGCAGCUGCAGGAGGUCAGAGGUCGUCUGCAGGCUGCGCAGUCGUCUUUGCAGCAGCUGCGCAAACAGGUGGCGGAGGCGGAGUCAGGGAGGCGGGAGGCGGAGCUACGUGUGCAGGCGAUGCAGGGAGAGAGGGAUGAUGCUCAGAGAGAGAAAGAGACAGCCGUGAGAGAGAGAGAGAGGAUACGGCAGGAGAGAGAGAGACUCACCAGCGAGAAGGACGGUCUAGAGAAGGUGGCCCAGGCGGCGCAGAUGAAGGAACAGCUGCUGCAGCUGGAGUGCGAGAGGCUCCAGCAGGCCGCGGCGUCUGCGCAGAGAGAGAGAGACCACGAGAGAGAGGAGAGAGAGGCGGCCGUGCAGGAGAGAGAGCGCGCCAAAGCCGAGGCCCAGAGAGCUCAGACUCAGUGGGGUCAGAGUGAAGCUCGUGGCAGCUCUCUGCGCUCUGAACUGGCUGCAGUGAAGGAGGCGCUCCAGCAGGGGGAGAUAGAGAGGCAGCUGCUGGAGACUGAGAAGAACCAGCUCACUGACGCUCUCAGCAGGGUGGAGUCCAGCAAUGCUGAGUACGCUGUUAUAGCGAAGCUCCACUCUGAGGAGGCAGCGCUGAGAGACUCUCUGGCUAAAAUGGGCAGCAUGAACGAGAGCCUGGCUCAGGACAAAUCUGACCUGAACAGCAUCAUCAUACAGUUGGAGGAGGAGAAGAGUCUCCUGCUGUCUCAGCGGAGGGAGGCGGAGCAGGAGAAACUGACCAUCAGAGACGAGCUGGUGCGGCUAGAGCAGGACCGGCUAGAGCUGGACUCCGCCCGCCUCGCCCUGCACCAAUCGCUGCAGGAGUCUGAGCUGCUCAGGGCGGGACUGGAGGCGGAGCUUCAGGCGCUCCGAGCAGACAGGCAGAAAUUACAGGACAAAGUCACUCAGCUGUGUGGAGAGGUGAGCUCUUUGGGGGCGGAGCUUGGCAUGGCCCGCGGUGAAGGAGAGCGACAGGGAGUGGCUCUGGAGGAGGCGGGGCGGAGCAGGGCGGAGCUUGCUCGGGAAAGGGCGGGGCUAGUGGUCCAACUAACAGCUUCUGAGAGAGAAAAUGCGGCGCUGACGGAGGAGCUGGCUGCAUUCAGGUCGGAGAGGGAGGUGUUGGAGGCGAGUCUGUUCGAGGUUCAGCAGCAGCUGGUGCAGCUGGAGUCCCGCAGAGAACAGCUGGAGGCAGAGAACACCAACCUGAGACUGCGCAAUGACAACACUGCAGCGGAGCUGAAGCGUUUGCGUGCAGACCGAGACGGCGCCGUGGCUCAGGCUGAGAGAGAGCGGGUGGCGCUCAAACAGGCACUGGCAGAUGCCCAGCAGGAGGCGCAAACGGCCCUCCGCAACACCCUCAAUGACCACCAGGAGGAGCUAGAGAGACUCGCCAGCGAGAAAGAGACACUGCGCUGCACUCUGGAGACUGAGCAGGAGGGGGCGCUGCGGCGGCUGCGGGAGGAGCUGGAGGAGCAGCUGAAGAGAAUGGAGAGAGAGAGGGAGGAGCUACAGGAGGAGGUCCGAACUUUACAGCACCAGAGGGACCAGCGCCUCCUGCAGGCCGAGAGCGAGAAACAGCAGGCCUUGUCCCUGAAGGAGACGGAGAAGGCGGUGCUGUCGGAGCGAGUCUGCUCCCUGCAGGCUGAGCUCAGUACUGCAGCCCUGGAGGUGGAAAAACUGACCAGAGAAGCUCAAAACUUGAAGGACCAGGAGAGAGUUGCAGUAGCUGCUCUGAAUGCAGAGCUGCAGGACCUGCGGGAGCAGCUGGAGGAGACGGUCAGCUCACACAGCCGAGAGCUGCGCAGACUGCAGGAGAGCUGCACUGACCAACAGACUCGCGCAGACACGGCGCUCAGAGAGCUGGACGAGUGUCGGGCUCUCCUGCUGGCGUGUGAGGAGAGUCGGGACGGCGCCAGGCGGGACGUCCUGGAGCUGGAGAAGCGGCUGUGCCAAACGCGGGACACCGGGGAGGGGCACCGCAGGGACACGGUGGAGCUGCGGCGCUCCCUCAGUGACAUCACCAAAGAGAGGGAUGCUCUCAGCCAAUCAAACGGCCAGCUGAGGGAGGCGCUCAGAGCAGCGGAGAGCGAACGCAUCAGUGUGAAGCGUCAGUGCGAGGAGAAGGAGCAGCGUCUGGCCGUGCAGGAAGAGACUCUGGCGUCCGCGCAGAAGGAGGUGGGGGAGCUGCGCAGCUGCCUGAGGGAGGUGGAGCGAUCACGGCUGGAGGCCAGGAGAGAACUACAGGAACUGCGUAGACAGGUGAAGGUGGUGGACGGGGAGCGGGAGCAGAAAGGCAGGGAGGUGGCGGAACUCCAGGCUCGUUUAUCUCUGGAGGACCACAGGGAGGAGGAGCGAGGGAAGGAGCUUUUCUCCCUCAAACAGAGACUCGCUGAGGCUGAGGCAGCCAGGAACUCCCUCAAAAAAGAGCUCUCCUCUCUGCAGAGGCGUCUGUGUGACAGUGAGUGUGUGUGGCGCGGCUGUGAGCGCGAUCUGGCCGCUCAGCUGCAGGAGGCGCGUGGUUGUGAGAAGAAGCUCCAGGACGAGGCGCGGAACCUCUCCCUGCGCGCUCAGGCCGCCGCCGACGCCUCCACUCAGGUCCAGCUGCGGCUCAGCGAGGCGGAGGGCCGGUUGGCCGCCACGGAGGCGGAGCUGACGCGCUCGGAGGCGGGGCGGAGGGACUUGGAGUUCAGGCUGAUCAGCCUGCAGUCCACGCUCACCCGCACGCUCGGCAUCAGCGCGGGGGGGCGGGGCAGCCGUGGCCGCAGCCCUGCAAGCUCCUCCCACUCUUCUGUAGCGUCUGGGGUCGUCCCGCGGCGGAGCAGCGUGUCCCCUCUGCGCUCCUCACUGUCGCCCCCUAAAGAUGCCGUGGAUAAAGCCAGUCCUGAUAACACUAUUACGUCUCGUCCGUUGUCUCCGGAGCGAGGAGACACGCCUCUUCCUCUCGUUCUGCCUGAGCUCGACUCAGAAACAGUCCGAAGCGGCCUCAGAGAUUUCCUGCAGGAGCUGCGAGAGGCUCAGAGAGAGCGGGAUGAGGCUCGCAGCCAGUUGGGGGCGCUGCAGAGGGAACUGGAGGAGGUGACGGGAGAAAGAGACUCCGCCCAGAACCGCCUCACUCACCUGCAUAACACACUGCAGGAGUGUCAGGAAGGUAAGCGUGGAGUGGACAGCAGGCUGACCUCCACUCAGGCUUUACUGCAGCAGCAGGAGGAGUGUGUGAGGAGAGGAGAGAGAGAGAGGAGAGCACUCACUGACCGGGUGAACGAGCUGGAGAGGACUCUACAGAACGCAGAGGCGGAACGCAAACACCUGCAGGAGCAGUGCAGUAAGCUGCGUGCGGGGGAGGUGCGCUUGGAGGCGGAGCGCCGGAGGCUGCGGGAAGCUCUGGAGGGGGCGGAGUCUCGGGCCACUCGGGUGGAGCUGGGGAGGCGGAGCCUGGAAGGAGAGAUUCAGCGUCUCAGAGUGUGUCUCACUGAGCGAGAGACAGAGGCCCAGACUACACAAGAGCGACACGACAGCAUCCUCAAACAGGUGGUGGAGGCUGAGGCUCGUGUGGCGUCUCUGCAGAGGGAGGUGGACAGACUGACCGCUCUGCUCAGUAAAGCUCAGGACGCGGAGGGCGUUCAGAGAGAGAAAGCUCAGAGUGUUUCAAACAGCCUGCAGGAGGCCACCGUCGCCCACAGCACCACCCAGGGGAGACUCGCCACGCUGCAGAAACACCUGACCACGGCCGAACAGGACCGCAGACAGCUGCAGGAGCGCGUGGAUGAGCUGCGGGCGGCGCUGAGUGAGGGGAAACACACCAUGGCGUCUCUCACUGAGCGCGUGCAGACACUGCAGUCUGAACUCACACACAGCCAGCUGCGUCGAGAGGAGCUGGAGACCGAACUCUCCAACACGCAGGAGGCGCUGCGUCAGCGCUCCUCCGCUCUGUGCGAGGCUCAGCGGAGUCUGCAGGCGGCGCAGACGGAGCGGGCGAACGCAGAGGAGCGUCUGCGAGCGCUGCAGAGAGCCGUGGCUCUGCUAGAGACGGAGAAGAGGGAUGCGGAGAGGCAGGCGGUGCGGCUGGAGAAAGACAAGAACGCACUCAGGAACACGCUGGAUAAGGUGGAGCGUCAGAAGCUGAAGACGGAGGAGAGCAGCAUGCGUCUGUCUGCGGAGAAAGGACGUCUGGAUCAGUCUCUGAACACAGCGGAGCAGGACCUGCAGGACGCGCAGAGACAGAUAGCACUGCUGCAGGCUCAGCUUGCAGAGCUGGAAGCGUCUCACACGGCGAGUGAGCAGUCUGUCCGUCAGCGUGACGACGCCCAGCGGGAGGCGGAGCGACUGAGAGCCAGUCAGAGAGAAGCAGAGCGAACACUGGCUGCUCGAGAGAGAGCACACAGGCAGAGGGUGAAGGGGCUGGAGGAGCAGGUGUCCACGCUGAAGGAGCAGCUGCAGCACGAGUUACGGCGCAGGCAUCCGUCUCUGGGGUCACUACCACUGAGCCACUGAUCUCAGACCAGCCAGAACUGAUACACACUGCAGGCCCUCCAUCCCCAACACGCUGAUGACACAGAGCUGAUACACUGAAGGCACAGUCUCAAACUCUACAUAGUAAACACAGCACUGAUCUCAGAUCAGCUUCCUGCAUCAGAACCACUGCAGGAGAAACUCAGGCACCAUCACUCCUGCGCCUGAUGCCGUUUGCAGCACAGAAGCAUUACAGACUUGAGGCGCCGGCGGCUGAGGAGGCUGCAGAAACACCGAAUGAAAGACUCUCCUACACUAACGGCACUGAUACUGAUCCAGGACCAGUGUUUGCUCUGAAUUGUAAUCAUGAGUGUUUAAUCAGGCAAAAACGGGUCCUCAUUCAGCUCUCUGGGGUUUAGUAUUGUGAACCUGCGUCUUUAUAGGACCAAAUUCACACACACACACAAAUGUUCACGCACUGCUGUGGCAUCCGAGCCACAUCUGAUCAGGGGAAGAAGAGACGGAGAGUCCGAGAGUCCAAAAACAGCCAUAGGCUACGUUCAUAUUACCAGGUUGAAGUGGCGCAAAUCAGAUUUUUUGCCAUAAUGUGACUCAGAUCUGAUGUUUUCAGGGCUGUGUGGACACGCAAAUCCGAU